AUGGAGGGAAAUGCAUCUGCCCACGACCAUCCACGGCCACCUCUGCCCUGUGCCAGCGUGCCAGCGUGCGAGCCGGGGAUAACCCUACAUGGUCGCCGACCGGCGUCCCUAGAGCCUUUCUGCUGUGUCGUAGACGCGGCAACAUCCGUCUGUGCAGCUGCGUACAUGGUACACGACCAGGCUGUCGUCAAUGGCAAGCGCCCGUUGCUUCCCUGGAGCCAGGGUACCAACGGCCCAGGCACCCAAGCAUGGCACAUCCAACGAUUAGGAUUGGGAAAACGGUCGGGGUGCUUGGCCAUGCCCACGCUAGGAUAUCGAUCCCACGAGGCGCCGACCACUCCCCAGCCGCAGAGCUGGGAAGAGCGUGGUCCUGUCCAACUGCAACUUUUUGGAGCGCAGAGCUUCCGUGCCCGUGAAUAUCAGUAUUUCUUGUGUAGGGGUACAGACCACCUCCAGAUGUUGGCUUUGCGAAUACGGCCCUGCCUCACAGUACUCGCGCAUCCAUCCGGACAAGCACCUCAAGGCCACCUACACCCAAGAAAUAAAACGUACGUUAGCCCCACCAAGCACUGUCAUUGCAUGUCUUGCUAUCCAUUCGCUUUCGACCCGGCCACACCGUCGACUUCCAAUCAAGCAAGACAAUCUCCAUUUCACAGAAAUUUAGCAUCCGCUGCGCACACGACUUACCACACUAUCUGCACGUAUAGCUCUCGAUCAAGGGGUCACCAUCCGUACUGUGCCACACCUGUGCCUGUGCCCCACCACCGUUUUGUGGGUUAUUACAACCUAGACAUCCUUCAGCCUCCCCCGACAGGGCACAGUCCACAGACCCUCGACACUCUUAAGCGGAGAAGCAAACCGUUGCCGACUGAUCGCCAGGAUUCUCGAUCCUACACUUCUGCUUCUUACAAUCCCUCCACUCGACGUCUCCGAACUCUCACCGAGAGCUCAGGACAGAGCUUUCACCCCGCAAAGACAGCCUUGCAUCAGCCCUGA